AUGGCACCAGCUAUUGGUAUCGACCUGGGCACGACAUACUCGUGCGUAGGUAUUUACCGUGAUGACCGAAUUGAGAUCAUUGCAAAUGACCAGGGCAACCGCACCACUCCCUCCUUCGUUGCCUUUACCGACACAGAGCGUCUCAUUGGUGACUCGGCCAAGAACCAAGUCGCCAUGAACCCCAGCAACACAGUCUUCGACGCAAAGCGUAUGAUUGGACGCAAGUUCGCAGAUGCUGAAGUGCAGGCCGAUAUGAAACACUUCCCCUUCAAGGUCGUUGACAAAGCGGCCAAGCCAGUCAUCCAAGUCGAGUUCAAGGGCGAGACGAAAUCUUUCACCCCAGAAGAAAUCUCCUCAAUGGUGUUGACCAAGAUGAGGGAGACUGCGGAAUCAUACCUGGGUGGCACUGUCAACAACGCUGUUGUCACUGUCCCCGCAUACUUCAACGACUCUCAGCGUCAAGCCACCAAGGACGCUGGUCUGAUUGCUGGUCUGAACGUUCUCCGUAUCAUCAACGAGCCCACCGCGGCAGCCAUCGCCUAUGGUUUGGACAAGAAAGCCGAGGGUGAACGAAAUGUGCUCAUCUUCGAUCUGGGUGGAGGAACCUUCGACGUCUCUCUCCUAACCAUCGAGGAGGGUAUCUUCGAGGUCAAAUCCACUGCUGGUGACACUCACUUGGGUGGUGAGGACUUCGACAACCGUCUGGUCAACCACUUCGUCGGGGAGUUCAAACGAAAGCAUAAGAAAGAUCUAUCUUCCAACGCCCGUGCCCUGCGUCGUCUCCGAACUGCUUGCGAGCGGGCCAAGCGAACUCUCUCCUCAUCAGCACAAACCUCGAUCGAGAUCGACUCACUCUUCGAGGGCAUUGACUUCUAUACCUCCAUCACUCGUGCUCGUUUUGAGGAGCUCUGCCAAGAUCUCUUCCGCUCCACCAUGGAGCCCGUUGAGCGUGUCCUCCGCGAUGCCAAGAUCGACAAGUCCUCGGUUCACGAGAUGGUCUUGGUCGGUGGUUCUACUCGUAUCCCCAAGGUCCAGAAGCUUGUGUCCGACUUCUUCAACGGCAAGGAGCCGAACAAGUCCAAUCAACCCCGACGAGGCUGUUGCGUACGGUGCAGCCGUCCAGGCAGCCAUCCUUUCCGGCGAUACAUCAUCCAAGUCCACCAACGAGAUUCUCCUCUUGGACGUUGCGCCAUUGUCCUCCGGUAUCGAGACCGCUGGUGGUGUCAUGACUGCGCUCAUCAAGCGCAACACCACUAUCCCCACCAAGAAAUCUGA